AGACAUAACGCGGCUAGUUUUGCUAGCUUCCAGCUAGCCCAGCAGCAACCUCAAAUUAGCGAAACAUGGCUGCCGUGCUCCCCCCGAGACCACCGUGCGACAGCAACCCCGCUACGCCCGGAGCACAAUCCCUAAAGGAGGACAUAACAGGAGAUGAGUCCAAUGAUGGAAGCCAACCUCCAAAAAGGCGACGAAUGGGUUCAGGGGACAGUUCAAGAAGUUGUGACACCUCCAGUCAAGACCUUGGGCCAACAUAUUUCCCAGCAGAGAAUUUGACCGAGUACAAGUGGCCAGCAGAUGACACGGGAGAGUAUUACAUGUUGCAAGAGCAGGUCAGCGAGUAUCUGGGAGUCACAUCCUUCAAGAGGAAGUACCCGGAUAUGGAAAGAAGGGACCUAUCACAUAAAGAGAAGCUCUACCUACGUGAACAGAACGUGAUCACUGAGACACAGUGCACUCUGGGUCUAACAGCUCUGCGGAGUGAUGAGGUCAUAGACCUGAUGAUAAAAGAGUAUCCUGCCAAGCAUUUAGAGUACUCGGUCAUUCUUCAGGAGAGAGAGCGACAGAGGAUAGCUAAAGAGUACUCUCAAAUGCAGCAGCAGAACCCUCAGAAGGUGGAGGCCAGCAAGGUUCCAGAGUACAUUAAGAAGGCGGCCAAAAAGGCGGCCGAGUUCAACAGUAACUUCAACAGGGAGCGAAUGGAAGAGAGGAGGGCCUAUUUUGACCUCCAGACACAUGUUAUCCAAGUGCCCCAGGGCCGGUUCAAGGUGCUUGCCCCAGAACUGACCAGGACGGGGCCCUACCCAGUUGCUCUUAUACCAGGGCAGUUCCAAGACUACUACAAAAGGUACUCUCCCAAUGAGCUGCGUUACCUGCCUUUGAACACAGCCCUGUUUGAGCCUCCGCUGGAUCCAGAACUCCCUGCGCUGGACUCAGAACCUGACUCGGAUGAUGCAGAGGAUGAUAAAAAGAACAAGAACUCCUCUGACAGCUCUUCAGGCAACACAUCAGACGGUGAAAGUCAGGAGGGAGGAGCCCACAAGUCCAAGCCCAAAGACAGGAUGUCCACGCUGGGCAAAGAUGGCAGCCACCGCCACUCCCACAAAGUCACCCCCGGGUACAAGCCUAAGGUCAUUCCCAAUGCUAUAUGUGGCAUUUGCCAGAAGGGUAAAGAGGCCAACAAGAGAGGCAAACCUGAGGCGCUCAUUCACUGCUCCCAGUGUGAUAACAGCGGCCACCCGUCCUGUUUGGACAUGAGCGAGGAACUGGUGUGCAUGAUCCGGACAUACCGCUGGCAGUGCAUGGAGUGUAAAACGUGCACCGUGUGCCAGCAGCCCCACCAUGAGGACGAGAUGAUGUUCUGCGACAAGUGUGACCGAGGCUUCCACACCUUCUGUGUUGGCAUGGGCUCCAUCCCCACAGGUCUUUGGCUGUGUGAGGUGUGCGAUAAAGAUUUCAGCACACCCAAGAAGAAAGGUGGAGCGAAAACACCAAAGAAACCCAAGUCAGUGCAAAAGUGACUUCAGUGAACUCCAAUAGACCACAACCAGGGGUCGCCAACCUUUUUGAAACUGAAAGCGACUUAGUGGGGCAACACUUAAGAUCAAGUCAAAAGGGACGAGAGAACAAUGGGCACAACAACAGUCAGAUCAACAACUAUCAUCUCUACAAGUGUUUUCAUUUUCAACUGAUCAAUUAUACCACAUUCCUAGGAAAUCACAAUGUCCCCUCACUGGUAAGCUAUGUUUAGAACAAGCCUGUGGGUUACUCAUGUGGUCCUUGGGGCCUAUCUUGUGCCCGUGGACACAUUAUUGGUGACCCCCAUGCUAGACUGAAUGAUGAUAUUUAAUCGCAAGUGCUGUUUGGGGAUCCGCAAUUUCAAUUUAAGCACCCCAACUAAAUCUCAUGACCAACUUUUGACAAGCUGUUACCAAUUGGCAAGUAAUAUACAGCGGCUGAAAUAAGUAUUUAACACGUCACCAUUUUUCCCAUUAAAUAUAUUUCCAAAGGUGCUAUUGACAUGAACAUUUCACCAGAUGUUGGGAACAACCCAAGUAAUCCAUACAGACAAAGAAGAAGAAGAAUAAUCACCUUUUAUUGUCAUGAAUGCAAGAGAGUAGAACAAAUCAACUCAGAAAUUAAGUUGUGUGUAGUAAUGUGAAAUGACACGGAAAAAGUAUUGACCACGACAACUGAUAUUUAUUUAAUACUUUUGUACAAAAGCCUUUUGUUUACAAUGACAACUUCAAGACGCCUCCUGUUUGGAGAAACUAGUCGCAUGCAUUGCUCUGGUGUGAUUUUGGCCCAUUCCUCCAAACAAGCAGUCUUCAAAUC